ACUGUCAAAACUCAAAAAGUCACCUUUCUCUCUCCAUCGCAUUUCUCACCCAUCUUUGUAACUCGAUGUCUGACUGUGAGUGGGUCUGCACCUCGUUAAUAGCUGAAAGGUGGAAGGUGGUGGCUCUUUCUUGCGCAGGCCGCUCCUUUAUUUCUUCGCCUCUCCUGGCACCAUUACCAACGAACUCUCUUCCCCAACAAGUGAAAAUCUCACUAUGGUUGCUUUUUUUGUUUCAUUUGGAGACCAUGGUGCUCAUUGAGUAAGGAGGGCUGGUUCCGUCUGUGGAAGGUGAAUGGUGGGUUUGGAGGAGGAGUUCGCAUAGACAGAGAUGUUUGGGUUUUCAAGAAGGCGGAUACGUAUAGGAAGAUUGAAGGUACAGCUUGCAGAUUCUACUCAGGGACUUAGGAGCCCUGUGCGGCAUACCAAACGGCUCAGUCAUGCCAAUGGAGAAAAUGUUGCAUCAGCGAACACCCAUGCAGUUGAGUCAAAUCCAGGUGAAUUUGAUAAUCCAUCUUUGCCGGAAGUUAAUGUCACCAAAUGUACGUUUGGUAGCUCCAAGAACUGGACAGAGCUGCCCACCAGUGGGGAAAAGCCUACAGCUCGUUUCAGUCAUGCAGCAACUGUAACUGGAAGUAAGAUGGUGCUGGUUGGUGGUGAUUCAGGCCAGGGGUUAUUGGAUGAUGUUCAGAUUUUGGACUUCAACAAACUUACAUGGUCAACAACAAAGGUUGCUCCAAAAGCCUUUUUUACGCCAUCCAGUCUCCCAUCAAAGGUUCCUCCAUGUAAAGGACACAGUCUGGUCUCAUGGGGAAAAAAGAUUCUUUUGAUUGGAGGAAAGAGCAAUCCCACGUGUGAGAGAGUUUCAGUUUGGGCUUUUGAUAUAGAGACUGAAUGCUGGUCAUGUGUCGAAGCAAAAGGUGAUAUUCCGGUGGCCCGUAGCGGACAUUCUGUGACAAGAUCGGGUUCUGUUUUGAUCCUUUUUGGUGGUGAAGAUGUCAAAGGAAGGAAAUUAAAUGAUCUUCAUAUGUUUGAUCUCAAGUCUUUCAUGUGGCUUCCUUUACAUUAUACUGGAACAGGACCUUCAGCAAGGUCAAACCAUGUUGCUGCUCUUUACGAUGAUAAAACACUUAUCAUAUUUGGUGGUGCUGCAAAAUCCAGGAUCCUGAAUGACCUAUAUUCACUUGAUUUUGAGACAAUGGUCUGGUCAAGACUUAAGACUCGAGGUUUUCAUCCAUCUCCAAGAGCAGGAUGCUGUGGUGUUUUAUGUGGCACCAAAUGGUACAUAACAGGGGGUGGAAGCAGGAAAAAGAGGUAUGCAGAGACAUUGGUCUUCGAUGUGCUGAAGGUUGAGUGGUCUGUAUCUGCAACUGCAUCAUCUUCCUCUGUCACGACUAACAAGGGAUUCAGUCUGGUGCUUAUUCAGCACAAAGAGAAGAGCUUCCUUGUUGCUUUUGGAGGGAGUAAGAAGGAACCAUCUAAUCAGGUUGAGGUAUUUAUGAUUGAGCAGAGCAAGCAGUCAAUGUGCCUGAGAUCAGCACCAGAAAAGUGUUCUUUGCCAGUUGAUAAUUGUUCAAAGAUUGUAUCCCCUUCAUGUCCAAUUGAUAGUAUUGCAAAGCAGAACUUGAAGUCUGCACUGGAACAAAAUGGUUCCAGUAGGAAAUCUCUUUCAGAAUCAUCUAUGGAUCAGAACCCCGCAUCUGGCAAUAUCUCUCUCCGCAAGCAAUUUCACCAUGAGGAGUGCAGCUUGCAAAUGAAAAUGCAGAAAGAACUUGAAGAAGAUAGAAAUAGGGAGUGGAAUGAUAAUUCAUUGCAAAGUAAUGCCCCGGCACAGAAAACAAAACCUGUGGACUCAAUGCUUGAAAUGGCUGCUACCAAAGGCAUCAUGAAUGCUGACCAUGAUUCACCAUUCUCUUUUGAUUAUGAGAACAUUAGAGAUUACCAAAAGCAAGCAAAUUUAAAUGCAUCCCUGGAAGAUGAUGCUAUACCGCUGCAAGAAAUUGAUGAGAAAACUGGCAGUUCAACUGGCCCUGCAAAUGUAUGUGAACUUUAUGAAGCAAAAUUAGCGGCAACAUUAAGGAAGAAUAGUUCUUUGGAGGGUCAGCUUUCAGCAGCAUUGGCAAGUCGAGAAGCAAUGGAGAAAUACCUUUCUACUGUAAUCAAGAGCAGGCAGGAGAUGGAGAAAAAGCUGGCUGAUUCCAUGAAGGAGAUAGAUUUGCUUAAGGAGAAGUUGGCAUCUGCAGAACUGGCACAAGAAGAGGCCAACAGCUUGUCAAACAUUGUCCACUCCGACAAUGUCCGCCUGGAGCAUGACGUUGCAUUCCUUAAAGCAGUCUUAGAUGACACCCAGAAGGAGCUGCACUCUACGAGAGGGGUGCUGGCUGGUGAAAGAGCAAGAGCGUUCCAGCUGCAGGUUGAGGUCUUCCAUCUUAAACAAAGGUUACAGUCACUCGAGAACAGGGCACCUACUCCAAGGAAACCAUUUAAUGUAUAAUGACUUAGCCCUGCUAGAUGUCCAGUGGCAUUUGACUUUUUGCAGCUGAGCUUUGAGGUAACAUGCUUGAUUUGGGUUGGCUGAUGAUGGACUCACCCUGUUCUUUGUUUUUUGGUAGCGAGCAUACUGUAAAGUGUAAGUUGACUUCAGAAUUUGUCUAGAGUCAGAAUGAGACACUGUGGUUCUUCCCUGUGUGCAAUGUCAGUGAGCAGGUUAAUAAAGAGGUUGAGAUAAGAAAUGAGCGCCAUGAAAUCUGUACUUUGCAGCGAGAAAUUGUUGCAACAUUUUCUCUAUCUUCUUUUGUAGACAGGCCAGCAUUUUUUGCUUCUGUAAAUAAGUAUGCAUGUGCUGUGCCUCCUCUGCUUCAUGUUGGUUGCACUAGUUGGUAUCAGUCUCCAUAAAUGAAAUGAUAUUAUAAUUUUGUA